GGGGUUCCCGGAGGUGCUGCUGUCCCUGGGCUCCAGGCUGGGCUGCUGCUGCUCCCAGGGGACUCGCUGUCCGGCUGGGGUGGGGCUCCUGGAAACCGGCCCCACCCCUGCCCCUCCUCACCUGGCUCAGGGCUCAGGAAUGGGGUGCCCCGGAAACUCUGCCGGACCUGCCCGGGCCUGGGGCGGGGUGCCCGGGCGCUGGGUGUCCGCUGGCAGAAGUCCUAGGCAGUGACGGGGAGCCCAGGGACUGGCGCCAUAGAGGAAACCGACGGGGACUGCCCAGACCCCCCUCCCUUCCUUCCUCUCUCCCUCAGGCAGUGGAACGGGAUCCCCCUCACCCCCUUCUGCCAUGAGUUUUAUUCGGGGUCACUAGCCUGACCGCGUAUCGGGCUGUGGAUGGGGGGCGGGCAGGGGCUCGGGCGGCCCAGGCUGUGAGUGCCACCUCCCGCGGUCCCCAGGGAGCGGGUGGUUCGGCCGGGCACCAGGCAUGGAAGGCUGACCUUGGUGCAAUAUUCUGUCUCAUCAGAUGGGCAGCGAGGGGGCUUCGGGGGCUGCACCCAGGCUCUGAGCUGCCCUAGGGCCGCAGACUGGCUGGGCGUGGGCCCUAGACAUGGCCCAGCCGCUGCCCUUUGUCCUCAAUGUCCCUGAGAUCCCGGAGGACCAUGACCGGGAGCCCAGCCCGUACGACGAGAGUGAAGUCCAUGACUCCUUCCACCAGCUCAUCCAGGAGCAGAGCCAGUGCGUGGCUGAGGAGGGACUGGAGUUACAGCAGAGGGGGCUGGGGUCCGCAGCCCCGGGGACCUCGGGCAGUGGCCGCCAGGCCCUCCUGGGGCCCGAGGAUGCUGCUGCCCACAGCACGGCCACGCUCCGCAUCCUGGCCAGCAUGCCUAGUCGCACCAUCGGCCGCAGCCGCGGGGCCAUCAUCUCCCAGUACUACAACCGCACGGUGCGGCUUCGGCGCAGGGUCAGCCGGCCCCAGCUCGGGGGCGUGGGGCGCUCGGCCCGGCCCAGCCUCCGCCUCUAUGACCUGGAGCUGGACCCCGCGGCCCUCGAGGAGGAGGAGAAGCGGUCCCUGCUGGUGAAGGAGCUGCAGAGCCUGACGGUGGCCCAGCGGGGCCACAUGCUGAAGGGAAUGCCCUUGGGCCUGGCUGAGAAACGCAGCCUGCGAGAGGAGAGCCGGACCCUGACGGGGAAGCACAGGGAGCGGCGGGGCCGGCGUGGGCUCUUCCCCUGCUGCGGUUGGCUCCGAGACACCUGCGUCUUGGUAGGAGCCUCCGGUCUGGGAUGGGCCCAGGGCAGCCGGG